AUGACAUCACCUACGCAGAAAAAUUUCGAAGCAACUUCCAGGUUGCAAAUGAAAGAACAAACCAUAGAUGAGAUGUAUGGUAUACCAGAAAACUUUCUGGAAAUUGAAGUGCGGGAUCCCCAAACUCAAGGCUUUGGUCGCAAAAUGUACACUGACUAUGAGAUUGUUUGCCGGACGAAUAUCCCUGCAUUUAAGUUGAAAUAUUCUACUGUUAGAAGGCGAUAUAGUGAUUUUGAAUGGUUCCGUGAUGUCCUUGAGCGGGAAACUUCAAGAGUGAACAUUCCUCCUUUACCAGGCAAGGUUUUUACCAACCGCUUUUCUGAUGAGGUCAUUGAGGCUCGUAGAGAUGGGCUUGAAAGAUUUCUCCAAAUUGUCGCCGGUCAUCCUCUUAUACAAACUGGAAGCAAAGUAUUAUCUGCUUUUAUUCAAGAUCCUAACUUUAGUCGUGAAUACACACUUUUGUUUAUAAUUAACUUUCGUGAAGAUAUUUGUCCAAUGGCAGCGAUUGGAGGUUUUCUAUUUGGAAAUGUCGAUGAAGAAGGUCAUUUAGAAGAUUCAGGGCUUGGUGAGGAAAUCCGUGAAUCUUUGCAAAAAGGUGCCGAAGAAGGUGCUGUACUAAGUCAGAUUUUCUCGGUCCGAUCAUUGGGAAUUGAAAUUGACGAUGCCGCUGCUGAAAGUGAAGCAUCUGCACACACACCAACAUAUGCUCCAGAAGAGUCCAGCACUAAACAUGCUGAUGGCGCUGUUGACUAUUCAGAGUCUAUGGAGGUUUACACAGAUGAUCCAGGCGAGCUGGUGUUUACAGAAAUGCACUAUCAGCAAGGCUUAAACCGCUUAAACCGCGUCAAAGAGAUUAUGCAAGUAUCGGGCUUACCGCCUCAGCAAACUUUAAAAUUUGAGGAAACAAGUGGCUAUAAAAUGGAAGAUAUUCAUAUGCACGGAAUAUCAAGUCUGCCUAAAAACGGAUUUGAAUUUCACGCUAACGCUCAGCAUGAUAUAGAAAUACCUGGCUCUCAACCAUCCGUAAAUGAAAUGUUCGACAUAAAAACUUUGUACCCUGCGUUCGAAAAGGAUAAGAUCUUGAAAUUUUCAGAUUUGUUUGCAACUAAAACUAAAAAUCGAAAGCUAAACCCUUUAAGCAGACAUGAUGAGACACAGCUACAAUUUAAUUUUGAAAUAGAUGAUCGAAAACUAUUCGAAUCAUCUCAACAAUUCCUUACUGAAGAACCAUGCCUUGAUGACAACGUUGAAAACAAAGCCAUUAUCGAGACACCUACUUCACCUAUGAGUCAAAUAUCAGAAAACAAUUAUGAGAUUGAUGAUGUUGAUUUCAAGCUUGAUGAUGAUAAGCAUGUACAUGAAGUAGGACAAUUAUUUUGGAAAGUUCCUGAUAAUCCCAAUACUUAUUAUUCCGUUACAAUGAGUACAUGGGAAGAUAAGAUUUCAUGGGAUAGUGACGGUGACGAAGGUGACGACGAAUCGGCUAG